UCUGACAUGAAAUAAUGUUGAAUUAUUCAUAAAUUAUUUCCAAAGAAGCAAAAGACUUGAGGGAAAUCACAAAGUGUUGUCUGCUUAGUCAGAACAAAGCCCUCCAGUGCAACCUUGCUUGAGUAAUGACGGCAGAUCCUUGCACCCAUUGUGAUCAUGGGAGGAAGAGGAAGACGCACCUAUAAAUCCAGAAAACUCAUACUUGUUGAUGCUUACCCAGAGGAAAACAUGUCUUCUCUGCUUACUGCUAUCACAAAUCGCUGUUUUUGUGUCUCCUUUUCUGGACUUUGCUGGUGAUUUUUCUUUUCUUUUAAUGAUCUAACCUCCAAUGCGUGAAGGAGAGGGAUGGUGGAAUAAGACGGUCAUGAGGUGUGGAAUAAAAAAGAGGCACAAACACCGGAAUGCCACAGGCUGUUUCACCACUGCCCUUCCUCUUGACACUGCUGGGAUAUGCUUUUGCAAGACUCAGUAUCUGGCCAUCAUUCCAUGUUGCCCUUAGCAACGGCAGCGUAUUUGUGGACUUCAGCACAAAAUCCAACAGUAGCAUCGUGAGUAACUUGAGUCUUUCCCUUGUCGACAUGGGAACCAACGCAACCCUUCUGACCAGGACUCUUCCCAGCAACCAACCGGUCGGUAGGGUGGAGUUCAAUUGUUCCUGCUUCCUGUAUGCGGGAACUUUCCGGUUCCUGCUCAGGCAGACCUCCAUCACCCCUGCUUUCCAUGCCAAUGAAACGGAUGGCGUAAGCGUAGAGAGCCUCACCUGGUGGUGGAGUUCAGAACUGGAAGUUCAGUGGCCUACCUUUCACAUUGCUGUGGAGAGAGCAGCAAACCGCUCUGACUCUUUUCAGGUUGGAAUAUCAAUGAAUGAACACUUUCAGGCUUGCUCCAGCUCCAAUAAGGAUGUCCUCCUCUUAGAGGUCACCUACAUGGAGUACAACCAGAUAGGACGUAACAGCAUCGACAAGAUUCGAGCACGCGUACAGCGCCCAAUCAAAGCCCUACGUUCCCAAAUCAUUGACUUUUCCUGCGCCUUCCCAUUCACAGAGAAGGACUUCAUAAGGGUGACUCUGCGAUCUCCUCACACAGCACAGGAAGUGAAAAGCACUGAACCUCUUUACCUGUCCCGUAUAUUCUUCUAUAAGCUGCUGGUGGAGAACGCCAAUGCAUACAAGAGUGGUUGUGUGGGGACGAUGACGGUUAAAAUGAUAACCCCACCGUGUGCUCACAUCAGCGGGAAGGUCUUGCUGUACAGCGAUGCACCCGGUAAAAGGGGCAUGGCGGUUUCUUCUGCAGGGGCGGGGUCGGGAGCAGAAAAAUCGUCCUCUCCUCCUCUGGCUUUCAACUGGCUGACUCAAGGAGAGAAUGAGACAGAAUUCAACUGCUCCGUGUUCCACCCGGGGAAGAGCAAGUACUGCUUUCGCUUUGUCUUCAACUUCAGUCGCUCCCCGAGUCCUGCACAGACUUGUCUGGUGGUUUAUAGGAGUACAGAACAAUGGGGGCCUUGGCAACCAUGGAGCGUGUGCAGUGCGAGCUGUGGAGAAGCAGUGAGGGAACGCGUUCGUGAGUGUUUGCUUCCCUCCGGUGUGCGAGGACUGCAGUGCAGUGGAAUGAUAAAGGAACAAUCCCUGUGUUCUUUGGAGGACUGUGUUGUGUCCCCUUCCCCAUCCCCUUCUCCCCCCCCUGUGCCAGUUGGAGUCAGUUUCCUUGGCGGUAACAUGAUAGUGGUCCUUGGCAUUUCCCUCUGCUUGUCUGUCAUCAUGGCGACUGUGGUGGUGACUGUGUGGCGAAGGUUUUGUCAGACCCCACAGUGCAGCUCAGUGCGCAGAGGCUCCAUUCAUUCCCCCGGCGGGCGCAAGUUAUCGGACGAGGCCUCGAUCUGUGGCCACAGCCUCCAAAGACCCAGCCUGUCGGACUGUCCCGGCUCCUCGGGGGGCGUGGCUGUUCCAGCAGACGCCAAUUACCGGGGAAGUCAGCCUCUCUCACCGACACUGGUGCUGCCACUUCCCCAAGACCCAGAAAGACUUUCUCCUACAGGUCAGAAGGUGUUGCCAUCAGUGUUUGGGUACAAACUGGCUCAACAACAGUUAAAGGAAAUGAAGAAGAAGGGUUUAAAAGAAGCUACUCAGCUGUACCAUGUCUCUUCAAGCCCAGUUCACGACACCGUGGUGGAAAAGUCUCCCAACAGCUCCUCCGUUCUCUCACAUGCUGAAUUGGCUCAGUCCACCUUACCGCUGAGUCUGCAGGAUAAUGAUGACCAUGUUUGCAUCGCAACCCCAUUGUCCAAGCUGCCAGCACAAUCUUCAAGGAUCACACCUGAUAGGCUGAGCCCGAAGGCGGGGCUGGCCCCGGGUCCUCCGGUUUCUGCUCGCAGCAGCAGAGGGAACUCAAAGUGGCAUGACCGCACAGCUGACUGGGUUGAGAUGGUGGGAAGAAGUGCACCAGUGGGCCUCAUGGUAGGAGGAGGAGGAGAUGCAGAAAGCAUUAAGAAUCCAACCUUCAGGCGAACGUCCAGUUUUAGUGACACCAAAUUUUAUGCAGCAUCUUCAGCUCAGUCCAGACACUUCAGAGAAAGGAGCAUGACCCAGGUGGGAUUUCGGACUCUCCCAGAAGGGAGUUCUUGGAGCAAAGGAGGAUGGGAGAGACACCCUCACCGCCCUUAUCCCAUCCCAGAAAAUGGAGUUUCAGAGUGGACUAGAGGCAAUACCUAUAGAAGUGACCAAAAAAAGUCCUGGCUUCAAUCAGCGGUGUCUUCUCACAAUCCUGAGCGCAAACACACUGGAACAAACACAAACACUUUGCCAGCGUCUGAGAAUGUCGACUUCUGUGGCACCGGGGAAAGGAAAAAGGGUGGUGAGCCAGCAGAUGGCAGCAGAGACUCAGUUUCAGGAAUCAGGGGUCCAGCAUCAAAGCCGACCAAGUCUCAUGGAACCAACCAUCUGAGCGUAGAUCAAGUUGAGCGGGCAGAGCAGAACUGGAACCGGCGUGGCCCUUCUCCUAUUCAGAGGAACAUCUUAGCUCGGAAGUUGAAAGAAGCUCAGUCCUGCUCUGGAGCCAGGGCAUGCAAGCGCAGCUCCAGUUUUAAUCUGUCUUCCUCGGAGCAGAGGAAAGGCCGCUGCCGCUCCCUGCCAAUCUCUGAAGACCACAGUGGUGGCUCCCCCUACAGGCUGAGUGAGGCAGAACAGAGGAUGCUGGACUUGGAUCUGAGUCCUGUGUUUGUGCAGGAGGAGGAGUAGUAGAUCAUAGAUUUGAGGCGCAGCAUCAGAAAAGAAAAAAACAACUAAGCUGUUUCCCAGGAAUCUGAAUCUUGAGAUAAGAGGGCAAAUACUCAAAAAAUAUAUUUCUUUGUCAUUGUUUGAAAGUUUUUGCAAUAAACUAUCAUUUGUAAGACCAUCACUAAUUUAUACAUACACAUCUUAGACAAUCUCGCUCCAGCAUGGGUCUACUUUAAAACAUAUAAAUCGAAUGGGAGACACUUUAAUGUCACAAAAAGUCUCAUUUAUCCUGAAAUUGUGCUUUGUUGUCACUUAUUGAAGAGUCGCUAUGAUCCUCAAAUAAAUCUGUGUUUUUAAACCCA